AUGUCCAACAUUGCAAAGCUCGAGUUUGCAACACUUGAAGUUAGUGGGAAAGACUAUGUGACACAGAUGAUAGAUGUAAAAAUGCAUCUUGAGUCCAUGGGAAUCUCAAAUGAUAUAUAUGAAUUUAAUAAUUGUUUGCACAAGACAAGGCGAAAGCACAAGUUUUCCUUUGAAUAUCUUGAUAUUACUGAUCCAAGUAUUCUUUGGAAUCUCUUGAAAAAAAGAUUUGAUCAUCAAAAGGAAGUUAUACUUCCAAAUGCUAGAGAUAAAUGGAGAACACUAAGGUUUCAAGACUUCAAUAAAGUAAAUGAAUACAACUCAGCUUUGUUCAGAAUAUGUGCACAACUCAAGUAUUAUGGACAAGAAGUUAUUGAUGAAGAUAUGUUGAAGAAAACUUGCUCCACGUUUCAUGCAACAAACAUUACCUUAAUGCAAUAA